AAUUCUCCAUGAAGUGUACUAUGUUCCAUCAUUCCUUCCCAAAGCCACCGGAAGCAUUCCUUCUAGGAAAGGUGGAGUCGGUGGUGAGAAGCCGGAGGUGAGAAGACCCCUGAGCAGAUGGAUUCAUUCAUUUUCUGAAUUUCCUAUGUGAGGACAGUAUUAGAGCCCAGUGAGGCUUUGAGAGGCCCCAAAGAUGAGCACCAACAGCAGCAGAGUGGGCCAGCUUCUCUUGCAGGGUUCAGCGUGCAUUAGCUGGAAGCAGGAUGUGGAAGGGGCUGUCUACCACCUAGCCAACUGCCUCUUACUCCUGGGCUUCAUGGGGGGCAGUGGGGUGUAUGGAUGCUUCUAUCUUUUUGGCUUCCUGAGUGCAGGUUACCUGUGCUGCGUGCUGUGGGGCUGGUUCAGUGCCUGUGGCCUGGACAUUGUUCUUUGGAGCUUCCUGCUGGCUGUGGUCUGCCUGCUCCAGCUGGCACACCUGGUAUACCGCCUGCGUGAGGACACCCUCCCUGAGGAGUUUGACCUUCUCUACAAGACGCUGUGCCUGCCCCUGCAGGUGCCCCUACAGACAUACAAGGAGAUUGUUCACUGCUGCGAGGAGCAGGUCUUAACUCUGGCCACUGAACAGACCUAUGCUGUGGAGGGUGAGACACCCAUCAACCGCCUGUCCCUGCUGCUCUCUGGCCGGGUUCGUGUGAGCCAGGAUGGGCAGUUUCUGCACUACAUCUUUCCAUACCAGUUCAUGGACUCUCCUGAGUGGGAAUCACUACAGCCUUCUGAGGAGGGGGUGUUCCAGGUCACUCUGACUGCUGAGACCUCAUGUAGCUACAUUGCCUGGCCCCGGAAAAGUCUCCAUCUUCUUCUGACCAAAGAGCGAUACAUCUCCUGCCUCUUCUCGGCUCUGCUGGGUUAUGACAUCUCGGAGAAGCUCUACACUCUCAAUGACAAGCUCUUUGCUAAGUUUGGGAUGCGCUUUGACAUCCGCCUUCCCAGCCUCUAUCAUGUCCUGGGUCCCACUGCUGCAGAUGCUGAACUAGAGUCCGAGAAGGGUGAUGAGGAAGUCUGUGAGCCAGCUGUGUCUCCUCCUCAGGCCACACCCACCCCUCUCCAGCAAACACCCCCUUGUUCUCCCCGUCCAGCUGCCAUCAACUUUCCUGCACCUCCUACCCGGGCCAGGUUGUCCAGGCCAGACAGCGGCAUCCUGGCUUCUAAAAUUCCUCUCCAGAGCUACUCUCAAGUUAUAUCCAGGGGACAGGCCCCUUUGGCUCCAACCCACACACCUGAACUUUAAGGAUCACUGGACUAUCUUCUCUGUGGCCAGCGCAGCUCUCAUCUGUGUUCACAGAAUGGCCACUGAUAGGCACGCCUCUUUUCCCACCCACUGGAAGGCUCACAGGCAAGGUGAGAGAGGACACAGAAGGUGCCAACGCUGUCGCUACAGUAAGGACCUUGAGUGACUUUGAGAAAUUCACCCUCACAAGCCUUCCUUCAGGAGCAGGCACUGGAAGUGCAGAGGCAAAGAUUCUGUCCUUUACCAGCUGCAGAAUCUUGGGCAAGUUACAUAGCCUCUGUGAGCCUCAUCGGUAAACAGUGGGGGUUAUGAAACCCACCUCACAGGGUUGUUGUGAGGAUCCGAUGAGUCGAUUUAGGUAAGCACCUAGCACAAGACAUAGUACCAAGUAAGCACUCAAUAAAUCACUCAACUCC